AGCAGAAUUAUGUGAAGAAAAGUCAUAAUUUUCGUUUUAAAAUGGAUUUAAUUCAGAACUACGAGCAGCAAUAUGCCGUGCUGACGGCGGAGAUCACCGCUCAGAUUGGCCGUAUUGGUACGACUCUUGGAGGUGAACGCAACAAACUCAUCGCCGAUAUCGAUCGGCAGCUAGAGGAAUCACAAGAACUGCUAGAGCAAAUAGGUUUGGAAAUUCGGGACAUUCCACAAGCAUCACGGGCUGGAUAUACCUCUCGACUCAACUGCUACCAAGCAGAAUGGAAACGUUUGCAGCAGGAAUUCAACAAUGCUAAAACGACUCGAGCUCAGCGCGGUGCAGCAGGAUACGAUUCGUCAGUGGAUGAAUUUGACGAAAUUGGCAUUCAAGAGGAUCAGAAACGUCGACUGCUGGACAAUACCGAACGAUUGGAAAGGACAGGAAACUACCUAAAAGAUGGAUACCGCGUCGUGUUGGAAACCGAACAAAUCGGAACCCAAGUGCUACAGGAUUUAAAUGAUCAACGCGAAACGAUUAAUCAUGCCAGGGCAAGGCUACGUGAAACGGAUGCCAAUCUUGGACGGUCAUCGCGACUACUCAAUUCAAUGAUACUUCGAGCGCUUAGAGACAAGAUUGUGCUAAUCGGGGUAGUAGUUGCAAUUUGCCUUGUAUUAUUCCUAAGUAUCUACUUUUCCAUCUCGUCAGAGUAGAGUCGGUUAAAAAGCUAGAUAAAUUCCGCAUAAAUUUUUAAAGCUUUAUGAAAACUGAAAGUUUAUACUAUGUCCCUGUUUGUUUGAGUAUUUUUAGAUUUAGUUUUUAACUGUAUAAUAAUCUGUUUAAAAAAAGUGUGAGACGUAUUUAAAAUAUGAAUAAGUAAAGAUCACUUUCGUGUAUCCUAAUAUAGCAAACAUAAAUAAACAUUCCACAAAGU